UCGCCGGUUCGGGCUAUUCUGGAGCUGGGAUCCCUUUGAAGGCACUGGUGUGAAGGGCAGCCUUUAUGGGGGGGUCUGUUGCUCGCCUGUCGGGGGCGCGGGUGGCUCUGGGCGAGGGAAAGGAAGGGGAGGGGGCGGUCGCUAACACGGGGGGACUACAACACCCAGGUUGCUGUGCUGUGGUGGGAAUCCCACAUCACGUGAAUCCGCCUCGUUCCUUUCCAUCUCCCCUCCCCGCCAAAUGGAACAUGGCAGCGCUGGGCCCCGGGGAGCGGUGGACUGAAGCAUUAAUUGAUGAGCUCAGAAGAAAUCCAUAUACACUGGAGGACAUGAGAGAAGACUUUGACUGCUGUUGCUGUGGCUGUCUGAGGAUGAAGGAGGAUGUGUGUGAUUGUGGAAGGAGUCAGCCAGUCUCUGGAGAAGGAAGCAUGACAUACACAAAAGAACAGCUGCUUGGGGUGCAAAGAAUAAAGAGGUGUAAGAAUUAUUAUGAAAUUCUAGGCGUUGAGAACAAUGCCACAGAUGAGGAAUUGAAGAAAGCGUAUCGAAAACUAGCUCUUAAGUUUCACCCUGACAAAAAUUGUGCCCCAGGAGCAACAGAAGCAUUUAAAGCUAUAGGCACCGCUUUUGCAGUUCUGAGCAACCCUGAGAAAAGAUUACAAUAUGAUCGGUUUGGAGAUGAACAAGAACCUGUGUAUAGCAACCUGCCCAAGCAUUACAACUAUUACCGGGAGUUUGAAGCAGACAUCACACCUGAAGAAAUAUUCAAUAUGUUCUUUGGAGGCCACUUUCCAACAGGAAACGUGCACAUGUUUUCAAAUGUAUCAGUGGAUCCUUCCUGUUAUCCGUCUCGGACCAGAAAUGAAAGGACUUGGACACAGGAGGAAGAGGAGGAAGAAACCCAGCCACAGAACACCUAUUCGGCAUUCAUUCAGUUACUGCCAAUAUUUAUUAUAAUCAUUGUGUCAGUAGUAACUCAGCUGAUGGCUACUAAUCCACCCUACAGUCUUUUCUUCAAAUCGACUCUAGGACACACUAUUGUUAGAGAAACACAGAACUUGCAGGUGCCUUACUAUGUUGACAAAAACUUUGAAAAUAACUAUAAAGGUGAAGAGCUUGAAGAGCUUGAAAAAGAGAUUGAAAAAGAAUAUAUUGACUAUGUUCAGACAAACUGUAGGAAAGAAAAACAGCAAAAAUCAGAGUUGUCUAAUUUGGCAAAGUUAUACCGAGACGAGCGACUGAAACAGAAGGCAGAAUCGCUACAACUUGAGAACUGUGACAAGCUCUCCAAUAUCAUAGGGCUACAAAGGAGUCGCUGAAGGGCAAAGGGUUGGCUGUCCCGCUGAGCCACAGAUGUUAUCUCCAGGAAGUUUCAACCUGGUUCCUUUGUUUUUAUUAAGGGGGGGGGGGAGAAGCAUAGACUUAGCACUUGAUACCUUCACCAUAUGUGAACUGUGCCAUAUGUAGGCAGUGAUUGUAGAAAUACAUACAGGACAGUUGGGUUUGAGGAGAUUUGAUUACGUUUGGCAGUAAUUGUCAUUUGAUCAUUUCAGCCAUUCAAGUACCACAGGAACCACAGCCAGUAGGCUUCCUUUUUUCUUUUACCAUUUCAUAUUAGAUCAGUAAAUUACUUGGCAUUUCACAUUGUUGUUUUUAUCUCUCUUCUGCUCUUCUGCCUAGUUUACAAUGAAAGCUUAGCUGGGGUACCAUUUAUUUAUUUAUUUAUUGGUUUAUUUAUUUGCUGCAUUUUGACCCUGCCUUUCUUCCAUCAUGAAACUUGAGGCAGCUCACAGACAAAUCCUAUCCAAGCAGACUCAUCUCCCUUUCGCUUCAGCAAAGCUGCAUCGUUAUGAGUCCUGCAAGUAGGCUGUGAAACGUGGAGAUGUCCAUUCCUCUCUUUGCAACAGAGCUAGCAAUGAACCAGACUCAAACCUUCCCUCCUCUCCCGCCAUAUACUGGAUCCUUAGAGAGUGAACCAGAACUUUUGGUCCUCAGCACCACUCGGAAGAAUGAAUGCUCCUGAAAGCUGGAAAAUGGGUGUCAGUGUUUACCUUUAGUGGCUUGCCAUUGGCAGAGUGAGGGUUGUUGUUUUUUUUUAAUUAAAUCCAUUUUCCAAUGA